AAUCCGCCGGAUGUGCGCUCGCGUGUUUGCUGUCUUCACGAGGAGGAGCUGAAGGUCACAGCAGGAGCUCGCUCAGUUGUCUUCAUCAUCAUCAUCAUCUUCUUCUUCGUCCUCUUCUUCAUCGGAGGUCAGGAGGAGCAGCUCGGUCCAAAAUGGGGAACCGGGGCAUGGAGGAUCUCAUCCCGCUGGUGAAUCGGCUCCAGGACGCCUUCUCGUCCAUCGGCCAGAACGCCAACCUGGAUCUUCCUCAAAUCGCGGUGGUGGGCGGCCAGAGCGCCGGCAAGAGUUCGGUUCUGGAGAAUUUUGUGGGCAAAGACUUCCUCCCCCGUGGUUCUGGUAUUGUCACCCGGCGCCCCUUAGUGCUGCAGCUCAUCAAUUGUCCAACAGAGUAUGCAGAGUUCCUGCACUGCAAAGGGAAAAAGUUCACCGACUUUGAAGAAGUUCGUCAGGAAAUUGAAGCAGAAACUGAUCGAGUGACGGGACAAAACAAAGGAAUCAGUCCCGUUCCCAUCAACCUGAGAGUCUACUCGCCCAAUGUGUUGAACCUAACGCUGGUGGAUCUUCCCGGAAUGACCAAAGUUCCAGUGGGAGACCAGCCGGCUGACAUCGAGCAGCAGAUUCGGGACAUGCUCAUGCAGUUCGUCACCAAGGACAACUGCCUCCUAUUGGCCGUCUCUCCCGCCAACUCUGACCUCGCCAAUUCCGACGCGCUGAAGGUCGCCAAGGAGGUUGACCCCCAAGGUCUCAGAACCAUUGGUGUGGUCACCAAAUUGGACCUAAUGGAUGAGGGAACCGAUGCCAAAGACAUUCUGGAGAACAAGCUGCUGCCACUUCGCAGAGGUUACGUUGGAGUGGUCAACCGCAGUCAGAAGGAUAUUGACGGCAAGAAAGACAUUACGGCAGCGCUGCAGGCUGAGAGGAAGUUCUUCUUAUCCCACGCGGCCUACCGACACCUGGCUGACCGCAUGGGAACUGGCUACUUGCAGAAAGUACUCAACCAGCAAUUGACCAAUCACAUCAGAGACACAUUGCCCGGGUUACGCACCAAGCUUCAGAACCAGCUGCUUUCCAUAGAGAAGGAAGUGUCUGAGUACAAGAACUUCAAUCCUGAUGAUCCGAGUCGGAAAACAAAGGCCUUGCUGCAGAUGGUGCAGCAGUUUGCAGUGGACUUUGAAAAGCGAAUAGAAGGUUCUGGAGACCAGGUGGACACUUGUGAGCUGUCAGGAGGAGCCAAGAUCAAUCGCAUCUUUCACGAACGAUUCCCUUUCGAACUUGUUAAAUUGGAGAGUGAUGAGAAGACUCUUCGGAAAGAAAUCAGCUAUGCUAUCAAGAACAUUCACGGCAUCAGGACGGGUCUGUUCACGCCUGACAUGGCCUUUGAGACUAUCGUCAAGCGUCUGAUCAGUCAAAUUAAAGAACCUUGUCACAAGUGUAUCGACUUGGUCAUCGGUGAACUCGUCAACACCGUCAGGCUGUGUGCACUUAAGUUGGCUCAGUAUCCGAUGCUGCGAGAAGAGAUGGAGAGAAUUGUCACUCAGCACAUCCGAGACAGAGAAAGUCGCACAAAAGACCAGGUCCUGCUGCUGGUGGACAUUGAGUUGGCGUACAUCAACACAAACCAUGAAGACUUCAUUGGUUUUGCAAAUGCCCAGCAGAAGAGCAGUCAGAUGAACAAGAAGAAAGCCAGUGGGACUCAGGAUGAGAUUAUGGUGAUUCGUAAGGGCUGGCUGACCAUCAAUAAUAUCGGCAUCAUGAAGGGCGGAGCUAAAGAAUACUGGUUUGUUUUGACUGCUGAGACGUUGUCCUGGUACAAAGAUGACGAGGAGAAGGAGAAGAAGUACAUGCUACCUGUUGAUAAUCUGAAGCUCAAAGACAUAGAGAAGAGUUUCAUGUCCAGCAAGCACAUUUUUGCUCUCUUCAACACUGAACACAGGAACGUGUAUAAAGACUACCGUCAGCUGGAGUUGGCCAGUGAGUCUCAGGAGGAGGUGGACAGUUGGAAGGCAUCUUUUCUACGAGCUGGCGUGUACCCUGAACGCAGCGUGGAUAAAGACAAGGUGGAGGUGGAGGAGUCCAGCACAGACGGGCAGAUCCACACUCUCGACCCUCAACUUGAGAGGCAGGUGGAGAUUGUCAGAAACCUGGUGGACUCUUACCUGUCCAUCAUCCACCGCACUGUCAGAGACCUGGUCCCCAAGACCAUCAUGCACCUGAUGGUCAAUAAUACCAAAGACUUCAUCCACUCUGACCUACUGGCUCAGCUUUACUCGUGUGCCGACCAAAACACUCUCAUGGAGGAAUCCCAAGAGCAGGCUCAGCAUCGUGAUGACAUGCUGAGGAUGUACCAUGCUCUUCGUGAAGGUCUCAACAUCAUUGGUGACAUCAGCACCUCCACCAUCACCACUGCCAUGCCACCACCCGUUGAUGACUCAUGGCUGCAGGUGACGGGGAUGCCAUCAGGCCGCAGGUCACCCAUGUCCAGUCCAACACCACAACGUCGAGCACCUCCUGGCCCCCUUCGCCCAGGCAGUCGUGCGGCACCUGGACCCCCUUCACGUCCUGCGGGUUCACCUGAUCCUGGAGCUUCUGUCCCAUGUCGACCCAACAGAGCACCACCGCAUGGAGUUCCCAGAAUCUCAAUUAGUGACCCGUGAGGAUUUCGUCAGUUGUACGUUCCCCUGAUGCGCAACUUCUCAUCCACGAUUGAGAUUGCUGUUCAUCCUGUCAUCCUGCCCUCCCCCGCCAUGGAGGGAUGAUUGACAGCACUGUUGUCCUACAGAUAACGUGUUCCGUGUUGAUGUGUUUACGUGUGAAUAGAAUUGGUAAGAACGUGCUUGUGUGAUGUGAACAGUAUGUGUUGCCUUUUUGUUUUCAUGUUGUUUGGUGCUAUGUUAUAAUAUGAAUGGUAGACAAGUGAAGGGGUUGUACAGUAUUUGUCCUUAUGUCCUAUGAAUGCUGGUCUGGUCUCUGCAGGCCCUUAGUGGGCUAGCUAACAAGGUAACAUCUCCUUUUUUUGUUCUCUUGAGUCAAGAUACAUUGAAAAGAUUCAUCUUUACAAUGUAAAGUUACUACAUUGUUUGGAAUGAAUGAUUAUUCAUUCAUUGAUUCACUUUCAGUAUUUAUUAUCAUAACUAUAAUUUUCUAUGACUUCUUUAUAGGAUGUUGACAUGUUUCCAAGCAAACAAAAACAAGCCAUGUGUUUGAAUCAUGCAUAUAUGAAUACUGUAUGUGUGUCAUAAUUCACAAAGCAUAAGUGCAAGUGCAUGCAUUAAUAAUGACCGUUCUAUCUCAAAUAUAUGAAAGGUUGUUGUAAGAUUCUUCAAAUGGAUAUACUGUAGGUGAUGAUGAGGAUCUUAGUUGUUGAGGCACUGUAUAAGAGAUUUAUAAAUGUAAGGUUGACCUUUUGAUGGUUUUCUUCAAUAUAAAGUAUGUCAUGUUGUUAGCAUGUGUGUUGCAUUAGCAUGUUACUGUGUGCGUCAUUGUGACAUGUCAUGUUGUAUACUCGUGUCACCACAACAGUGUUGUAUGUACUACAGUAUUGAAUCAUAUUGACACAUUGAGGAGGUAUAGUAGGCCUACAUCGUGUAGUGUUUGUGUAAAACAUACGGUAUGUGUAUCCAUGUUCUUCUCCUGUCAAUGUCAUUAAAGUAAAAGUGAAAAAGGGGUCUGAUUGAGUGGUUGAA